UUUUAUUAGCAGCGUCCGAGAGAAGACGAGCUCAGACGGCUUGGAGUUGCGCCUCUCGUUCAUCCACUUUUUCCCUCGCUCUCACUCUCGUUCGUGGGUCAGCCGUCAACGUCCGAACGUCCCGUCUAUUAGUCGCAAUCCACAUUUAGAAAACCCAGCGAUUUCCACCAGCUGCGAUAUUUUCCCAGUUCACAUUACCAUUCUCAGCCUCAUCUGCCAAAAUGGACGACCAGUUGGAUAAAGAAUGGGCCCGAAAGUAUAUUUUGGACCCCCUGACUGCUCCUGAGCCAAACCAAGAAACUGGCCUUGGAUCCUCUCACUACAACCCCCACCGCGCAUCUUUGCAAGCUCAGCCGUCUGCAAAGCAUCAUCAUCGCCAGGAAUCGAACCCGAAUUCUAGCUUUAAAAAUCGAUCUAUGAGACUCUCCGGCGACACAAUGCAGUCAGAAAUGAGUGACCAGGCCGAUAAAUAUCCCACGCCACCACAAUCAGGCAGCCCAAACCGGAAAUUCCACCCGUCGAAUCCAUUUGCCUCAUCAGAAGGAUCGACUGAUAUGGUCGAAGACAAGACACUCAUCUCUCCGCCUGAUUCCCCUGACACUGACCGGGCGACACGAGCGCACCAGCGCCAAUCAAUGAAUAACUUUUCGCCGACCCAGCGACGAGGCCCGCGUUCAGAUCCUGGUCACGCUCACGGUCACAGUCGUAGUCGCUCUCUCUAUGAGCGCUUUCCUGGAGAUUCAUCCCCCAGACCCCUAGACAUCAUUAAGAACGAUGCUCGGGCUGCUGAACGGCCUCUGCGUCAUCGGAAACGCAUCUCCGACGUCGACAUGAUCGAUGCCCUCGAUACAAUCGGAGGCACCUAUCACCACGGCGGGCCGUAUGAUGCCACACUCAUAAGUCGCAACCUAAACAAGAAAUAUUCGCCAGUUGCCGCCGUCCAGGAUUCAAACAUGGAAACUCUGCGAGCUACGCCUCGGGAAUACAUCAUUGACAGCCUGGAGCGCCAUUUGCCCCUCCAAGGGACUGCAACUGUUCCUUCUGGCGGCCUGGAUCUUUCCGGUUCUAGGAUGAGUUACGAAGAAGGCCCAGAUCUUAUGCGGGAACCGGAUGCCCCCGGCGGCGCAUUCAAGCGCUAUGACUAUAUUAAAUACCACCCCGACGACCUCAAAGGAAAAGGAGAGCCUUCUUAUACCAUAGAAAAGGAUCUGAAAGAAAAGAAGCGCGCUAAAAGAGGCGAGCCCGAUGAGAUUGAAAUGCAAUCCGGCCUAUACAGUCGCAAAGGCCACUCGAGUUCGUCCAAGCCACAGCGCAGCAUCAGCGUUGCGUUCCGCGACAACUCUUCGUCCAGCGGAAACGCCUAUAAUAACCACGACUUGCAGCGCCGGAACUCUACUGGUAAGAAGCUGAGCGACGGCCUGAAGCGGCGGUGGGGCAGUAUUCGUGGAAAGACGAAGGCAUUGGUUGGCGAGUCUCAGUGAGAUUUGUGCGCUUCUCAAAUGGCAAUGACUGCGUUGUGUGACAUAUGCUUUUGUUACUUUUAAGGGAUGGAUGAGGUUUUAUGUGGAAAUGAUUUCAAUACGGCGUUUUAGGCUACGAGAUUGGUUCCAAGGGUAUUUAUUGUGUGGUAACACGUGUAUUAUAGAGCGCUGGAUGGCGGCAGGUAUUAUCUAUCGGGUGGAAAUAAACACAUUUGACCCAAAUAAAU